AUGCUAUGGCCCAUUGUCCCCAUCUCCAGCCACCCCAGCCUGCCAACCGCCAUGGAUUCUGGAAGUGGGGUGCGGCAGUGGCAGCUCAGCACUGGCCAUUUUGCGCCCUACAGCCGUCUCCCUCACACUGUCUGUUUGUCUUACUGCCUUCCUCAUUUCGUCUCCCGACCCCCUUUUUUUCCUCUCAGAGCCACCACUCAAAUCUGCCUAGCAGCGUGUGACAUCAGCCCCACAGCUGUCUCCCUCACCAACCACACUCUCUCUCGCGCUCUGGGGCAGCACACAGCCACGCACCGGUUCCGAGGGUUUGUGUGUGACGUGGCACAGGAAGACCUUCACGCUGCACUUUCGUCCAGAUUCACUGCACCUGGCGUGAGUGAACGCCCCUCUGUGUCUCCAUCCAGAAAAUCUAGCGGAUCUGCUUUCCUACAAGCAUCCCACUGCCUGGCUCCCCCGUCCGGAUGCAACGAACCGGCACCGGGCUUUGCGCCGCCCGUGGCUGGACCCUCUCCUCCGGAAUUCCGGGCGGCGUUGUGCAUCUUUACUCUGUCGGCGCUGCACCCAAACCGCAUGCUGCAUGCACUGAGGCAGAUACUCUCUGUACUGGCCCCGGGGGGACUGCUGCUGUUCCGAGACUAUGGCGUGUUUGAUAUGGUCAUGUUCCGGUUGCAGCAGCAAAGGGUGCAGCAGCAGCGGGAGCAGCAGCAGCAGCAGCAGCAGCAGCAGGAGAAGCAAGAGCAGGAGCAAAAACAGCAGGAGCAGGAGCAGGAGCAUCAGGAGCAGGAACGGAAAGAGCAACAGACGGUAGAGCGGGAAGGGCUGGAGGAGCCAGGGUGUCAGCAACACGUGAACGGGCAGCAGGGGAUGGAAAGCGAGGAACAAACAGGGCAAGGACAAGAGAGGCAGAGAAGAGAAGGAGCACAGCAGAGCGGGCACGGGAAGACUCUGAACAAGGCAGAUCAAAACAUGCGCUGUGCCAAUGAUCGGUUAUACCAGCGAGGGGACGGCACUCUAGCGUACUUCUUUUCAGUGGAAGAGGUGCGGGUGCUGAUGGGUGCUGCUGGGUUUGAGUGCAAGGAGGUGGAGUACUGCUGUGUGCGGAAUGAGAAUCGGAGGAAGGGUAGGGAGAUGAAGCGCGUGUGGGUGCAUGGUGUGUUCAAGAAGGGGAGUGGCUAA